UUUUCCGGAGCUACGCCUGACUUGCUGGGCAGAGCCCGGAGGCCGCGGUGCUGCUGCCUGCAGCUCUCCGCUUCGUGUGCGCCCUGCAUUUAGGAAUCCGCCCCUCACUGUCCUGCUACCCCCACGCCUCUCAGCCCCUGACAUUCGCCCUCGGAGGUUCUGGCCAGGUGCCGGGCGGGGCGCUGUGUCAAGGGCGACCCCUCAGAGCAGCGUCCCGUGCUAAAGGUGCUGCUUAGGAUGAAUAUGAUUUGGAGAAAUUCCACUUCUUGUCUAAGGCUAGGAAAGGUGCCACAGAGAUACCAAAGUGAUUACCACCCAGCGGUCCCUCUGGGAUCAAGGAUUUUAACUGACCCAGCCAAAGUUUUUGAACACAACAUGUGGGAUCAUAUGCAGUGGUCUAACGAAGAAGAAGCAGCAGCCAGAAAAAAAGUAAAGGAAAAUUCAGCUGUGCGAGUCCUUCUGGAAGAGCAAGUUAAGUUUGAGAGAGAAGCUAGUAAAUACUGGGACACAUUUUACAAGAUUCAUAAGAAUAAGUUUUUCAAGGAUCGUAAUUGGCUGUUGAGGGAAUUUCCUGAAAUUCUUCCAUUUGAUAAAAAAACUGAAGAGAAGGCAAGAGAAUCGUCAUGGGAUCAUGUAAAAACUAGUGCUACAAAUUGUUUCUCAAGAAUGCACUGUCCUACUGUGCCUGAAGAAAAAAGUCAUUAUGUGAAAAGUUUUGGCUCUUCAGAAGGUCAAAGCAAAACAGAAUCUGAUUUUUCCAACCUAGACUCUGAAAAACACAAAAAAGGACCUAUGAAGACUGAAUUGUUUCCUGGUAGCAAUGCCAGUUUCAGGAUACUAGAGGUUGGUUGUGGAGCUGGAAAUAGUGUUUUUCCAAUUUUGAACACUUUGCAGAACUCUCCAGAGUCCUUUCUUUAUUGUUGUGAUUUUGCUUCUGGAGCCGUGGAGCUCGUAAAGUCACACUCGUCCUACAGAGCAGCCCAGUGUUUUGCCUUUGUUCAUGAUGUAUGUGAUGAUGGCUUACCUUACCCUUUUCCAGAUGGGAUCCUGGAUGUCAUUCUCCUUGUCUUUGUGCUCUCUUCUAUUCAUCCUGACAGGAUGCAGGAUGUUGUAAACCGACUCUCCAACUUACUGAAACCUGGGGGAAUGCUGUUAUUUCGAGACUAUGGAAGAUAUGAUAAGACUCAGCUUCGUUUUAAAAAGGGACAUUGUUUAUCUGAAAAUUUUUAUGUUCGAGGAGAUGGUACCAGAGCAUAUUUCUUUACAAAAGGGGAAGUCCACAGUAUGUUCUGCAAGGCCAGUUUAGAUGAAAAGCAAAAUCUGGUUGAUCGUCGCUUACAAGUUAAUAGGAAAAAGCAAGUGAAAAUGCACCGAGUGUGGGUUCAAGGCAAAUUCCAGAAACCAUUGCACCAGACUCAGAAUAGCUCCAAUAUGGUAUCUACACUCCUUUCUCAAGACUGAACUUUGUAACAUGUUAAGGUACAAAGCCAGAGGACUGUGCUAUUCAAGGACUACUGUAAGUCUUUUGUGUCGCAAAAGACAAUGAGAAAAAAAGAAGAGAAUUUGUAUUUCCCGCUGUUUUGUCAUAGGUGAGUUCCUUUGUGCAUUUUAGCACGUGUAAGUAGUUCAGCAGAGUGUGCCUUUUUCUGUGUUUUGAAAACUCGAUUAUGCCCAAGCUUGUUUGAAUUUAUUACAUCUAACCAUUGUAUUUGUUCCUUGCAUUUUAUAAACAUUUAAUUAAAUUAGUGUUACGUCAUAUAAUUUUGAGAAAACACAACUUGACAUUUUUUACAAGUAAUAAAAUCAUUUACUUUGUUUGUUUAGGCUUAGUAAACCAGUUCCCAAAC